AUGAUUUUGCAGUUCAACUGGGACCGCCUGGACGUCAUGGCGGCCGAGGCGAUUCGAGCGCUGGUGAAUGCCAAAUUGGAGGAGGAGCUUCGGCGUCGUGCCGCCUUCUCAGGGGGUGUUGACGCACCUGCUGUCGGUGGCUCCACUCGGGCAGAAUCUCUUUGCGUCACGGGUAUUGAGUGGGGCAUUGCACCGCCAUUCAUUGAGAUUCUGGAGCUUGACGACGCGCAGGACCUCAGUAGGGCGAACUUCACCCCGCAUGACACCAUUCAUAGUCGCCAGGAAGCGGCGUCGCACUGCAAUCUAUUCCGUCUCUCGUCCUCUGUUUCCUCCCAGUACGGAGGUGAACACGGAAGUGAGGUUGACUCCUCGCCGGGUGGAUGUCCCUCGGCGUCCGUAACGAAGCGAAUGCCUGGAGCAUGGAUGGGUAGCAGCAUUCCACAGUCCGGCUCGCCCGUCGUUCCGUCCAAAGAUACUCUUGCCCCCUUUGUUGGUUUGGGAGGACUUUAUAUUUUGUUGCAUGUCACAUAUGGUGGACAAAUGCGGUUGUCCGUGUCAUGUGUGUUGCGUCACGACAUACCCCUUGGCUCUAUUAGUCUUCCUGUACGCAUGCCACUAACUCUCCUUGUGUCAAAGAUGGAUAUGGACUUUUAUUUAUCUAUCAACCUUCAUCAGAACAAGUGCCGUGUCUGGAUGGAGCCAGGGAAGCUAUCAACCUCCCCUAUAACUAGAAUGAACAUUAAGGCCGUGUUUGGCGAGCGGCGAACAUACUCGUCACAAUUACUGGAUAACUGGACUGGAAUUCCACCUGUCUGCGAGGAUGCAGACACAUCCGACGCGUGGACGCAUGUGGCAAGUAGUCACCUUGGCUCAGAGGAGGAAGAUGAUGCAGUUUUCACGGAGGAAAAUGUCAUCUCGCGAUUUGUUUUGAGUGAAAUUCGUGCGAUUCUUCAAGAAAAGAUUAUUUAUCCCCAUUUUGUAGAGGUUCCGCUGUUUCUAUGA